UAAUCCUUACAUGGUAUCAGAGCCUCUUGUUUCACGACUUUGAAUCCAGAACCCUAACCUGUUCGUGGGUCUCGGCAGCUUGGCGCCUACGAUAAGCAUCGAUCCUCCUGCCCUUUGUUCUUGUGAGAUCUAUCAUGUCUGACUCCAGCUAUAUCAUGUCUGGAAACCCUUCUGGUGAUCAACCUCCCUCAUUGGCCACCAUCAAUCCUGCAGCUAGCCUUCCUCUGAAACUCACGCCCACCAAUUUUCCAUCGUGGUGUGUGCAGCUGUUGUCUCUUCUACAAGGCCUAGACCUUGUCAGCUACCUUAAUGGCUCGACUGUCCCACCCACCGAGAAGAUUCAGGUCGAUGGCGCUGAAGUCCCAAACCUAGCCUACAUUAAUUGGUUUUGCCAGGAUAAGCUCCUCUUCAACAGUCUUCUCGCCUCGGUGUCUGAAGGAGUCAACCCUUUCAUCACUGCAGCUCCCACUAUGGCCAGUGCUUGGAAAACCCUAGUUUGGAUGUAUGCCAACUCUUCUCGCUCACGCAUCAUGACUCUCUGUGACCGUCUCUUAGCGGAGAAGAAAGGCGAUCGUGACGUCUCAGCCUUUGUUCAAUCCCUUCGCUCUACAACAACUGAGAUGGUGAUUGUUGUCAUGGUCAUUCAUGAUGAUGAACUCGUCUCCCUCUAUCUUUGUGGCCUCAACGAUGACUACACUGAGUUUGUUAUUGGCGUUAGGGCACGAGAGACUCCUCCCACGAUUGAAGACCUACUUGACCGCCCCUUGUCUUUGGAAGCUGACAUCAAGGCUCGACGUACCUCUCACAUGUCCCUCGUGACUGCCUACAACACUCAACGCGAUAGUGGUGGCCGUCAUGGUGUCGGUCAUGGAAGGGGGCAGCGGUUGAGGAUCUUCCUUCUGUUACAACGACUCCACUAUUGCCUGGAUUUUUCUCGAUCGCAUGAUGAAGGAGAAUCUCGUUGCCCCUCCGUGUUGAAUGCCAAUAGUGUGAAAAACGGACAUACCGCAAAACAAUGCUUUCAACUUCACCAUUAGACAGACACUCAGGCUCAUCACACCUAAUCCAUCUCCUCGACGCGUGAUGGCUCAUGGCUGAUGGACUCGACUGCUACUCAUCGCGUGACUAAUGAACUCGAUAACCUUGCUAUCUACUAUGACUAUAAUGGUCGAAACAAGGUCUAUCUUGGUGAUGGCUCAGGUUUCCGCAUCACCCACAUUGGUUCUCCUCCUUAUCUUCCUAUGUUAGAUCUCUUGCUCUCAAAGAUGUCUUAUAUGUUCCUGCCAUCAAGUAGUGGUAAAUAUAUGUUGCUAAACUUUGUUGCACUAACCCCAUCUCGGUUUAAUUCUUCUCUAGGUUUUUUCUUGUGAAUGACCUCUGCACGAGGGUGUCGCUCCUGAGAGGAAGAAACAAGGGUGAUACUUACGAACUUCGCGGAGGAGCCUUAGUUGUUCGCUUGCCGUUGGUGACCACUCGAAAUUCUGCGUAGUCAUGUCAUCAACGUCUCGACCACCCCUCACCCAGGGUCAAAUACCCGGUCGGACACUAAAAUUACCCGGAUGGGUUUUUAAUGCCACUGCCCGGGGUUGCUUCUGCCUGUGAUCCCCGGUCCACUUUUCAAUUCCCCGAUCAGGUAAUUACUUCCCUCCAGCUAGGGGUCUUGUGCGGCAAAAUUGCAUUAGUCCUUCCCCGUUGGAAAAGCUUUGCCUCUAAAGCACGAGUGUUCCUGCAAGAGAAAACAUCACCAAAACUUCCAAACGAAAUCCUCCUUAGUGAAGUUAACAUGUGUCUUCGAACAAGAAGAUGCGUUCCACCUCUGUCUUCUAACUUCAUUCCUGACUUGGAUGACUGGGGUCGCGUUCCUAGCAGCUGGCUUGUAACCUUCUUGCUUAAUGAGAUUCAUGGUAGCCUCAUGAAUGUUUUUUGCAAUAGUUUUGGACGAAGGUGGAUACGUUUUUCCCGAGCUCAUCUUCAGCUGCCUCUCCAUCUUCAUGGCCAAAUGCACCAUGACUCUCUAAAAAACAACACCAAACUACGACCAAGUGUAAUGGUAGAAUGGAAAUACUGUAUAGUGAGACAAGUAAUAAAAGUCAACCCGGGACCUAGAUGUACUGCCUACUCCGUGAUUAUUUAUUAUCUAGCGGGAAAGGUAGAGUGUAGGUGGAUUUAAACUAAAGCAAAAAAAAGCAGCAAGUUGUUCAAUUUACUUAAGCAAUAGAAGAGUCACUUGGGAUUGAGUCCCCCUAGCUCCUCAGUUAGGUUCAAGUUGUAAUUCCUUUGGUUGUUUUUACUGUUGAUUAGACCGCGGAAGAUCCAAAAAUAGCUUGGAAUCUCUUAAACUGACCAAGCCCUCUUUGACAGAAUACCCGACAGGCACCUAGCCUUCACCGGUAUAGAUUGUUAAGGCCAUUCACAUAGAUCUUCUCUACUUGGAACGAAUUCCAGUACAAAGUAGUGAAUUGUCUGACUCUCGUACAAUUAAUUCACUACUAUUAAUUGAAGACGCUCUUAUAACCUAAUAAGAUUCUAUCUAUCCU